AUGCCCUCGCCGACAGACGACGAGACGCCCUUCCCGCGGCUGAGCCACGCCGCAAGCCUCAAUUCGCUGGACCGCUCGCAUCUGUCGCCUCACGAUGCCUUCAUGUACCCGCUGCGGCAGCCCUUUGACGGCGACGGGGCCGCCGAUCCGCUGUCGCAUCUGAGGCACCUCAAGAACGACCGCAGCAGGAGCCGGCGGCGCAAGAGGGCCUGGAGGAAGCUCAUGUGGGUGAAGCAGUCGUAUCCGGACAACUACACCGACCAGGCGACCUUCCUCGAGAACCUCCAGCGAAAUCCCCGGCUCAAGCCCUACGACUUCUGGCCGCUGGUGGCCGAUUCGACGGUGAUUCUGCAGCACGUCUGCUCCGUCAUCCUCUUCAUCGUCUGCUUCGUGGGCAUCUUCCAGGAACGGGUGUCGCCCGUCUCCCUCGUCAGCGGCAGCAGCUUCGCCACGUUUCUCGGCUGGAUCCUCUGGGAGCGCUGGGUGUCGGAGGAACAAGACAAGGAGGACGACCCGGCGGCAGGCGGACCCGCUGCCUCUGCGACAAAGACGGAGAGCAUACGACGGCGAGCUCGCGCAGCUAGCAUUCGUCGACCCAUGACCGCGCCCCGUGCCAUUCCCGUCUCAUCCAGCCGGUCGACAUCGGAGACCAGUUCUUCUCGGCCCUCGGCGGGAAGCUCCACGGUCAACAUCAAGGUCCAGAUUCCAGAAAAUGAACAACUGAGGGUGACGAGCCUUGCGUCUACCUCUUCCACCACCUCUCCAACCUCGCCCACAUCGCCCCUGUCGCCAAGGACAGCUCCUCAGCACGGCGCAGACGGCCAGCCGAUGCUGCGAAGGGCCAACUCGGACGUGAUGCCCGACUUUGCCCUCCCAAGCGAGACCAACCGCCUGCACCAGCGCCUCGGGACCAUCAAGUCGGCUAUCCUCAUCUACUGCACCCUCCUCGGGCUCAGCCCCAUCCUCAAGUCGCUCACCCAGUCCACCUCGAGCGACAGCAUCUGGGCCAUGUCCCUCUGGCUGCUGGCCAUCAACAUCUUCUUCUUCGACUACUCGGGCGGCGUGGGCGCAAAGUUCCCGGCGUCGCUGUCGACCAACGCAGCGCUCAUGGCGUCGACGGUGCUGGCCAGCCGCCUGCCCUCCACCAAGCAGGUCUUUUGCCUGACGCUCUUCAGCAUCGAGGUGUUUGGGCUGUUCCCCGUGUUCCGGCGGUACGUGCAGCACCGCAGCUUCCGGCAGCACGUCAUCCUGACGGUGCUGCUGAUCCUGGGCGCGGGCUGGGGCGUCGGCGUGGUAAUUGCGGAGCCCAAGCCCGGGUGCUGGCCGUGGAAGCGCGGCAUCGGGGGCAUGGCCGUGGCCGUCAUGAUUGCGGCCAUUGCCACGGGCGGGUGCAGCUGGUGGCUCAUUGGGCUGCAGCGGUACAAGAAUGAGAUUCGGGGGCCGUGGGAUCCGGCGAGGCCCAUUAUCAUGAGUCGGCCGCGCUGGGAUGACCGGUGA